AUCCUGGACUUCCGGAAGACUUUCCAAUUUAUCAUUUUGUUGAUCGUCGUCUCAAAUGGCAUGUUGCAUGAGAAGACAACGCGGUCGGGCGCUCAAUCUCAGCUCUCGCGAGAAAGUUCUGAUUCGAACUACCUGGGCCGACAUCACACAGCAAAUUGAGGACGUUGGUGUGGAAUCUUUCUUGAAUCUUUUCAGCACACACCCUCUUGCCAAGGACUCAUUUCUGAAAUUUAAAGAUUCUAGCCUUGAGGAAUUAGCACAGAGCAAUCUCCUGAAGUCGCACAGUCUCAAAGUGACAAGUGUUGUCAACAAGUGCAUCCAUAGGCUGGAGAACCCGGAAGCAGUGGCCAGCAUCGCUUUGGAGAUAGGCUUCUCCCAUGUGAACAACAACACUACCGACGAGUACCUGAACACGCUUGUAAACAGCUUCAUCGCUGCCAUAUCCGAGCGGUGCCACGAGAAAUGGAGCCGUGAGACGAGACUCGCGUGGGAAAAACUCUUUGAUUUCUUAGUGCAUAAUAUACAAGCUGGUAUAGCUCUUCAACAGCAAAAAAUACAGAAGCAUUCACAUCUGAAGUAAAAGAGUUAACAG